UUAACAUAACCUCAAUGUUGAUCUGUGCUACAUUUUCGUAAAUGAAAGAACCACUGUUUAAAAAAAUGGAAACCCUCUUUCUGUAUCCAGGUGCCGCGUCUCAUCUCGUGAAAAACGAAACGAACUUAUUCACUUGUCGUGAACCAAUUUCAACAUACGAGUGUUUCGAGUGUCCUACUUUCCGCACAGACUUUCUAACCCGUCUCACCCUCCACAUUCAGUCGAACCACCACGACCGACCCUUAAAACACAAAAAGCGCCCCUAUCGAUGCCCCCAGUGCGGCUUCUCUUCACAUUCUACAUAUUUAUUAAUACGUCACUGUCUCCUAGAGAAUAAACGCUACGACUGCCAACUCUGCGACUACAAAUCCACACAAACCAGUCUCCUCUCGUUGCACAUUUUCAGCCACCACUUGAAACCCCCCAAACGAAAAAAAAAGUUCCCAAAUAAGAACAUCCGGCAAGUGCAAUGUGAGUACUGUUCGUAUAAAGUACGAUGGAGCUGUGAAUUAAAAUCGCACGUUUUGGCUAAACACACCCCAGAGGAAGACAUCAAGUGGCUGUACUGUGAGCUGUGCCCCUCUAAAUUCAAACUCAAAAAACACCUGCGUCAGCAUGUAAGCGAUCGGCAUUUAAGAAACAAGGAAAUUACGUGGUCGCAGUGCGAAUAUUGCUCGUAUAAGUGUAAGCGGAGGAGCGAAUUGAAGAUGCACGUUUUGAGGAGGCACACUUCGGAGAGCGAGAUACUGUGGCAUGAAUGUGAUCAGUGUUCGUAUCGUACUAAGGAGAAAAAACGGUUGAAUGAACACGUAGCGCUGAAGCAUGAACUGAGAGUUAAGAAGUUUCAGUGUGAUUAUUGCGCUUAUAAGGCGAGGUGGAGCUACGAGAUGAAGAGGCACAUGGCAGCCAAACAUCUGUCGAGGGAGGAAAUCGAGUGGUUUGUUUGUGAGCAGUGUUCGUAUGCGAGUAAGACGAAAAGGGGGCUGCGGGAGCACGUGGCAAUCAAACACGAACAAAAAAGAAAGAAAAGGAUGCUGAAAAUUAAAUAAGUUUGAGUGUUAUAUGAUGUUGUUAAAUGUUUGAGAAAUAUAUUCGUUCGUCUAAGGCUUGGUGGCGUAGAUGGUCAUGUUGAAACCA